CUCAGUCAUUCAGCAGUCCCCGUCAGAACGCGGCCCGGAUCGGAUGCGCGCGCGAUCGUGUCGCAACGAACACACAAUUCUAACCGUGUCGGUGUCGGUGUGCUGUGCCAUGAAGUGAGGAUCUUCGAGAGGAUCAAAUAUUAGUUGUGGCAACUGUUCAAAUAUUUAAGCUGUGCAGAUUUAUCACCCUUUUAAGAUGAAACGGACAGUGAUUGUUGGCGGAUAUCUGCUGCUAGUGAUCGCUUUGAUCACGAUCGGUGGUAGUGAAGUGGAUCCAGAUCCGGAGGAAAAUCAGGUACCGGACGGGGUUGAUCCACCGGGCAAUUUCCCCGAACGAACUAACGGGCUGUUGAGUGUUGACAGUGUCGGCAGCAGCAUCAAGACCGAUAGUAGUAGUGAUAGUGAUCUGAUUGCAAAGGGCGUCGAUCAACCGCCGCGAGUGACGAAUGGCGGUGUGUUCAGUAAUGUUGACCGAGCGCUUUUGGAGACGCUACGGCAGGUGAUCGGUAGUUUGGAAGGCAACGGAUGUCGAAGGGAUAUCAAUUUGACACUGGAGGCAGUGCAGAGACGGGAGGAGUGGGCAGUGGCAAUGUUCGACUCUUCAGCCAAAUCGACAUUCGGAAUCGAACACGGCAACGAGUUCCAGCUAGGUCACUUCGACCAGUGUAUGGGCAUCAAUAGUCUGGAUCAGGCCGGUGUUAUUGCACAGUUUUGUCUGACCGAUGUCAAAGCCAAAGGAUACCAGCUGCGUAAUGUGGGGUCGCGCAAAUCACCCCUGCCACAGAACUACACACUGGUGCACUGGGGUGUGUGCAUUCCAGCGUCCUGCUCGGAAAAUGACGUUAUCGCAGUGCUGCGUAAAACCACAGGCUUUCGAGAUGUUACAAUCCCAUCGAAGGGCUGCCAUCGGGAUAAGGCGACGGUUACUUCGAUGAGCGACAUCAUCUACGUAUCGGUGAUUUGCUUCUUCGUGUUGAUGGUAGCGUUUAGUACAGUGUAUCACGUGCAGUCCCUGUACAGUUGCCAUGCAACGAAGGAAAGUGUUUUCGGACAGGUGCUGAAAUCGUUCUCCAUUGUGGAGAAUUUGCGGAAGCUGGGGCAGGAUAGCAAGGACGACCAUGGACUGGGAUGUAUCAAUGGGAUAAAGGCACUGUCGAUGGUGUUCAUUCUCGGUGGACACGCCCUGCUGUUUAUCGUCGGAGGGGCGAUGUAUAAUCCGGGAUUUUAUGGAGAGCAAGUGAAACUACUUCGAAACGCAAUUCUUCUGAACUCUCCCCUUCUGGUGGAUACAUUCCUGCUGCUGAGUGGAUUUCUAUUCGCACGGUUACUUCUGAUCGAACUGGAUAAACGCCGGGGCAGGGUUAACUUUGCCGUGAUCUACAUCUUCCGUUAUAUAAGAUUAACACCAGCCUAUGCCGCCAUGAUUGCCCUGUACGCUACCUGGCUACCACGACUCGGAAGCGGUCCUCUUUGGGAUAGACGGAUGCAGCUGGAACAGUCCCGCUGCCAGGCCAGUUGGUGGCGGAACAUUCUCUACAUCAACAACUACAUCGGAACGGAUCAGCUUUGCAUGUUCCAGUCGUGGUACCUGGCAACCGAUACACAGCUGUUUGUGUUGGCUCCCCUCCUGCUGUAUCCGAUGUGGAUGUGCAGGCGACGAAUCACACUGACACUGGCUGGUACGGUGGCACUGGUUUCCGUGGUGGUUCCUUUCUGCGUGACCUACUAUGGUCGUGUGGAUCCUUCGCUGAUGUAUUACGUUGAUGAAUUGGACGAUAUUCAGGCAAACUACUAUUUUGCAAAUGUUUACGUGAAGACUCAUAUGCGUGCGACGGCGUACGUCUUUGGAAUACUUGCUGGCUAUCUAGUCCAUUUGAUGCAGGAGAAGAGCAUCACAAUCGGCAGACGUACGGUCGCCCUGCUAUGGAUCUGCUCCACCAUCAUCGGAUCAGCGUCGAUGUUUGGCGUUUCGACAUUCUACAAUUCGACCGGAACGAACAACUAUCUUUAUAAUGCGCUUUAUGCGGCCCUCCAUCGUCUUGGGUGGAGUUUGUCCAACGGUUGGCUAGUGCUGGCUUGUGUUUCCGGACACGCUGGACCGUUGAAAAGGAUACUUUCCUCCCGGGCGCUAGUUCCGAUCAGUCGGCUAACGUACUGUGCCUAUCUUACCAAUGGGCUGGUGGAGCUGUACAUCAGUGCAUCCCAGCGAGUGCCACUUUAUUCGAGCGUCUUUGGUUUGACGGCAGUCACUCUUUCGCACAUAUGUCUCACCUUUCUGGCAGCACUGGGCCUUUGCCUGAUGUUCGAAUCUCCGAUCCAUGGUAUCGAGAAGAUUUUUCUAAGGAGACAGCUUUCCCCCGGUCGACAUCAGCACCGCUCGGAGAAGGUAGCUCAAGCGAAUAGUCAUAGCACAAACAAUAGCACUUCCGAUGACUCGAUUGCGUGACAUUUCUUUUUUGGCUGCUAGAUGCAGAAAUAGCGGGACUUUCUUUUUUUUUGUGAGUGAGAACGUGGUACCUUAUAGUCUUAUAAUUCCUAGCUGUAAUUCGUUCGUUUUUUGUUGGUUUGUUGCAUGCGAGUGGGGGUUGAUCCGAAAAUAGCAAUUAUUCAAUGAAUAUCUCCCUCCCUCAUUAUUGUGCUUCAUUCGGAUUCAAUAAAGACAAUUUACUUAGCACUUGUUUAGAAAAUGAAACGAA